AUGAAUAGCAUAUGUAGUGCCAUGAGUCAACUCUUUUGGAAAAUGUGCUUUUACAAGGUAACAACCAAGUAG